CGUGCGGCUCAUUUUCGCAAACGUGAUAUCUCACUUAUCGAUUUGAAAAGAAAGAACAGUUUGUUCACAAUUUACUGAUAACCACUCGGUAUAUAAAUAAAGUCCAAGUCUGAAAGCGCGUGUCUUCUUGUCGAGAAUCUAGAAAGUUUUUACUGAAGAAAUACACCAUCAAUAUGUGGAAAGUUGUAACUGUGAUUGUUUUUGCCCUCACUCUUGUUGAAGGUUGUGUCUAUAAAAAUGAUGAAUGUGCUCCGUAUACCGUAGUAGAAACUCACGCGGAUUAUGAGGUCCGAUCUUAUCCUGCUCUUACAUGGGCGACCACAACAGAAACAAACCGUCUAACUAGGGUAGGAAAAUACAAGGCAUUUAUGAGGCUUUUUAGAUAUAUCAGUGGAAAGAACGAUAGAGAACAAAAAAUCAAUAUGACCGUUCCAGUCCGAAUGAAAGCAACUCCCAGUGGAGAAGAAAUAGUUCACGAGAUGAGUUUUAUGAUUCCAAAAAUUUUUGCUGAUAAUCCACCUGUUCCAACGGACAAAGAAAUUACUAUCAAUAAAGAGGGUCCUCGAAUGUACGCUGUCAGAACCUUUUCUGGCUAUGCUUGGAGGCAGACAACAUGGAAUGAAGAAGCAGAAAAAUUAAAGAACAGUGUGCUGGAAGACGACACCAUAGACAAGACCGAAUAUUACGAAGUCGGUUAUGAUGCUCCUUUUGAUCUGUUUGACAGACGCAACGAGAUCUGGAUGAAGAAAACUGCUGGUCAAGAGCGUAAUGAAAUUGCUUAAAAAACAUCUACAUUUAAUUGUUUUAAUCCAUUGUGCAUAAUUAUGUAUAUAAAUAAAUGUGAAACUUGUGAAGUAAAUUGGGAUUUUUUUAAAAAAAAAUUGUUGUUUAUAGUUAUGUAUAUAAAUAAAUAUUGUUGUUGUGAAUUCCA